CAGCGCGACUCGGCGCGGCCGGCAGAGGCGCGGUCCUGCGGCAUCCGUAGCACGCUGUGUUCGCAGGGUUGGUACCGGAGUGAGUGGGAGAGACAGAACCUGACGACAGCGGCAGGCGUGAAGAGAGACACGAUGGCGACUGCCACCCGUUUGGCGGCGCUAGUGACUGCACUGACUCUGCUGUCAGUAGCAGCAACCGCGGGAAACCUGAGUCUGGUAGUGACGACGACAGGCGGCACCCUUCAAGGAACGACGCUCAACUCGCUCCUCGGAAACGAGUUUUUCGCGUUCAAAGGUAUCCCGUACGCGGAGCCUCCGCUGGCUGAGCUCCGGUUCCAGCCUCCGGAGCCGCACAGCGGCUGGUCGGGUGUGCGGGACGCCAGUCAGUUCGGCCAGCGCUGCGUCCAGGCGGACAUGUUCACUGGCGCGCCCGCCGGCGGCGAGGACUGUCUCUUCCUGAACGUGUACACGCCGCGACUGCCCUCCGAACGGGAGGACAUCCGUCUGCCAGUCAUGGUGUGGAUCCACGGCGGAGGGUUCACCAUGGGAGACGGCGACGAGACGCUGUACGGCCCGCAGUACCUGCUCGACCAGCAGGUGGUACUGGUCACCCUCAACUACCGGCUCGGACCGUUCGGCUUCUUCACCACAGAAGACGAGGCGGCACCGGGCAACUACGGCCUGCACGACCAGGUGCUGGCACUGCGCUGGGUGCAGGACAACAUCGAGGCGUUCGGCGGAGACGCGGACGAGGUGACCGUCUUGGGCGAGUCAGCCGGCGGCGCCAGCAUUGGUCUGCUCGUGCUGAGCCCGCUGGCAGAAGGGCUGUUCACCCGCGCCAUCAGCCAGUCAGGGGCGUCUUUCAGCAACUUCGCUGCCAGCGGCUCAGCCCAGAGAAAGUAUGCCAAGCGACAUGCUGAGCUGUUGGGGUGCGACACGAGCAGCUCGACAGCCAUUGUUGAGUGUCUUCGUGAGAAGCCUGCCUCGGAGAUCAUGAGUGCUCUGUCACAGGUGGACAAGCCGUCGAUCAUUCCCAGCUUCGUGAUCGUGUACCUGCCCCGCGUGGACGCCGAAGCUCCGGCCCCGUUCCUGCCUGAGGAUCCGCAUGUAGCGCUGAAGAAUGGGCGCUUCAACCGAGUGCCCUGGAUGAAUGGAAUGACACGGGACGAAAGCGCCGGCACGGUCGGUAUGCUCCCGCCGAAAUUCCUCGCCUCUCCUCCAGAUCUGAAGGCCUGGGGAAACGAACUUCUUGAGCUGGGCGAUGCCACUGAUGAUCCAGCAGAGAUCGCCGGAAGCAUUUACCGCUUCUACUUUGGCGAAGAUCAUUCGGGCGAAGUCGACAAGCAAAGAUUGGCGGAUCUUUUGUCUGACCGUACUUUCGCUGUCAGCAUUAGCAAAGAGAUCGAGCUGGCCUCUAUUCACACGCCCGUCUACAAGUACAUCAUGGACCACACCGGGCCCGGCCGCCUUAAGCUUCUGGAUGUAUUUACCUCCCUGCUGGGUCUGCCGCGGCCAGCCGGCGAGGACCUGGGCGUGGCGCACGGCGACGAGCUGAUGUACCUGUUCCGUCCGUCGAUCGGCGCUCCUGUCGAGCUCGGCUCGCCGGAGCACAAGGUGGUGCGCUUCAUGGUCUCGGUGUGGACCAGUUUCGCGCGGCACGGCUACCCCAGCUCGGACGUGGUCCUGAUGCCGCGCUGGCCGGCCUACACCACCGACCGGCAGCAGCACAUGUGGCUCAGCACCGAGCCCCGCCUGGGACAGGCCGCCCUCAGCGAGCGGCUUUCCUUCUGGAACGGACUUGACAUCAGGGAGAACUGGCGCGGCCCGCUGGUCCACGACGAGGGUGAAAUAUAGGAGGUUGAUGCGCUAACGACACUGGGGUAUUUGAGGUGACAUUGGGCGUUUGUUUAGUACCGAUUGCUCACCAAUAAGGUAUCUGGGUUCUGGCUGGUCAAUAGUCUUAGGUUCACAUAACAUAUUAGAACGAUGCGCGAAUGUAAUGCCCCAUUAUCCUUUGGCCCUUGUUAUUUUUUUUUUUUUUAAGCUGGUCGAUAAAGGGUGCUGCCAUGUAAAGUGUUGGAAUUCCCAUUAGCUGACGUUUGUAACUAUAGGUGUAGGUGAAGGAGUGUUACAAAAAUGACGAUUUAGCCAAAUUUUAACGUACGAAGCGGGUUUAUUUGCUUACUUGCAUUAUCACCCACGGGAUGGACGCCUAAUGACAGACCUGACGUCGACACAUGAAAUGUUCCUUUAGUCCUUGGCACCAACAAUGCUGUCCUCGCCGAUCUUGAUGUCUCUCUGAAAGCUGCCUUAUACCAAUGUUGUCAAUAAGACUCUCGAAAAAUCUUGUGUGAAAAUUUGUUGGCUGGUGCAGUCGUCGUGAUGAAGUUUACGAAAAUGUGUCAUUUCGUCUGCGUUUAGCUUUCAGUUUUGUCGCUAGGCCAAAUCGUAUUUUAACGUUUUCUGAUUUGUUUUAUAGCUACAUAGUGCUGCCGAUGAAACACAUUAUGCCUGUAGAAUAGGUAUGAAAUUUGUCGUUUGUUUUGGUAAUACAUAUAUAAUUGCUAA